AUGCCUAUGUCAGUACCUAGUGUUACAAGCAUCGAUCAUAUAUAUAGAAUCCUUAGAUCAUCAUAAUAAGUGUUCUAUUAAUCUAUACUCCUUAUUGGUCUGAAACUCCUAGCAGUAAGCGGCAGAUCGUUUUUGUCACAACAUUUGUACCACUAACUAGCCAUAAACAUUCGGCAAGACAUCUUGAGAAGGUUUUCCAAUUGA